AUGCACCAGACAGCAGCAGCACCGAUCGAACGAGUGAAGCUGCUGCUGCAAAACCAGAACGCCAUGAUCAAAGCCGGCCGCUUGGAUGCACCCUACAAGGGAACCAUCGACUGCUUCUCGCGCACCUACACCAACGAAGGCCUGAUCUCCUUCUGGCGCGGUAACACGGCCAACGUCAUCCGCUACUUCCCCACCCAAGCGCUCAACUUCGCCUUCAAGGACUACUACAAACGCAUGUUCAAAUACAACAAAAACACCGAGUACGGCAAGUGGUUCUUGGGCAACAUUGCUUCGGGCAGUCUGGCGGGUGCGACUUCGAUGGUGUUCGUCUACUCGCUCGACUUUGCUCGAACUCGACUGGCGAACGAUGCCAAGGGAGCGAGCGGUCAACGUCAAUUCACGGGCUUGGUGGACGUGUACCGCAAGACGCUCGCAUCGGACGGUGUAGCGGGACUGUAUCGAGGCUUCGUACCCUCAGUCAUGGGAAUCGUCGUGUAUCGCGGACUCUACUUUGGCCUGUACGAUUCGCUCAAACCCGUCGUGUUGGUCGGUCCACUUGAGGGAAACUUUUUGGCUUCGUUCGCGCUAGGUUGGUCAUCGACGGCGUUGGCAGGUCUAGCAGCGUAUCCGCUGGAUACCGUCCGACGUCGGAUGAUGAUGACGUCGGGUACCGGCCAGAACUACCGCAACUUUGGCGUCGCGCUGGCCGAGAUCGUCAAGGCCGAAGGUGUCAACAGCCUGAUGCGCGGUGCAGGCGCCAACAUUCUAAGGGGAGUGGCUUCGGCUGGUGUACUUUCGAUCUACGAUCAGGCGCAGAUCUUGCUGCAAAAGACGUCGAGCACCGUCCAGGAAUCGGCAGCCGUUCAGAAAUCCUCCUAA